UCCAGUACUUUGGGAAUGAAUGCGAACGUGGGCAAACGCCACAUUAUCCAAUCAAUGACUUGUCCACGGAGCCCGGCGGAGCUCUGAGGGAGCGAAACAGAGCCGCGCCGAGAGAAGCUGCAUCAGCCGCGACGCGCGCGCGGAGCCUCGGAGCAGCCUCACCGCUGCGACUCGACCAGCCUGUGACGGAUUAUCUCACUGGUUUUAUAUUGGUGUGUGAGCGUGUGUUAUUAUUUAUUUAUUUAUGUGUGUGUGUGUACUGGAGUCGUACUGGGAGCACUGCGGCUGAUCGAUUCCACUCUCCAGACCUGGAAUAACAAUGAAAAAUGUAGGUGACACGUUUUGUGCUGGAAUCACGAUAGGACCCCGACAAGGACGUCAAAAAGAGUGAAAACUGGUGUGCAGAAGAAGAAGAUUGGCCAGGCUGAUCCGGUCCACACCAACUGGAAGAUUAAGGGAAAUCUUUUACAAGCUUUCCUGCGAGCAAAGCCAAGACUCCAGCAAGCUGAUUCCAAUUUCUUUUCCCACUGUUGUUUCAUGCAAGACCAAAACCAGAGAUACCAUACUGACUGAGUCAAAACAUAAAGAAAGAAAUUCUUCAAUGGAACUACUGAUCUUCAGAUAAUCCCACCGUUUUUAAUAUUAAGAUAUUCCUUUAAUUCUUCCCCAUUUAACCCACAUUUACAUUAAACAUCACUUAUCAAAUUUAAGCCCUAAUUAAUUUCAUCCACCCUGAAUAAGUUAUCUCCAUUCAGUGUUUGCUGCUCUUUAUGCGGGAACCGCGUGCAUUAUUGGUUCAAAGUGCUUUAUACACAGAUGCUUUUUCUUGUAGUUCUGAGUGACGGAGGAAGCACGCGGUAAGCAGUGAUAGCUCUCUGACGUCGUCUGAAGAUUAGAACGCAUCAUCAGGACUUGGUUUGACUGACGGGUAACACAAGCCACGUCUAAACCGAUAAAUCCCCGCUCGACUGCCUCCACCGCUGCUUCUGCUGCUAUCUGAAAGGCCUAAAAACACACCCGUCCUCUCAAUCUGCGCUGUGAAACACUGCUGACACUUUGCCUAUCUCCUUCUUCCAGUUGCUUAUUUUAACGAAGCUCGUUGUUGUCUCGUUUCUUCCGUACGCGGCUCUUGACUCUACCCAACAACGUGAACGGUCCCUUUACCUAUUCCCAGUGACCUCUCUGAUUUCUUUAGCAUUCUUCCUUUGACUCUACUAACAACAUGCAAUCAAAAACCUUUCACUGUUGUCGAGUUUUGCUUUUCUUUGAACGGAGGAGGAUUUUGUAAAAAGAGAACGUAACCUGAAGCCAUACCAAACACCAGCCAUACAGAAACCCUUUUACAUCAACGAAGCUUCUCACGCCGUUUUAGAUCUUUCUCCAACGGUGACUUUUUCUAUCGCAUCGGUGCACGAACACAUUCAGGGAAUCAACGAGAGAACCGCUAGUGAAACGUUUUAAAAAAUAUAAAAGAUUUCUUACAUUUGGAUGAAAGAACAGCUUUGUAAGUUCAGAAUUUUUCUACGUGCGUUUUUCUAGAUCACUUCCCGCUGCGGAUCUGCGAUCAGACCAACAUUGUUAUCGAGGCGUGACGGCGACUGUGUCCAGUUCCCCGUUUUCAUCCCGAGUUCCUCUGCGUUGACGGAUGAAUCCAGGCAUUUCCAUGUCUUUUCUGUGGGCAGAACCUCGCUGCCCUGCUAGAACCGGGCCCAAGCCCUCUUUUGUUCUCUUCUGUUGGGCCAAGCUAAACUCAGAACAAAGACAUUCACACAAGAGUCCUGAACGCACAUAGAUCCACGUAUUAUAAAAAUCUUAUUUUUUUCACCACAUCGCCACCAGCUCCUCGCUGUCGUUCACGCUCUUGUGAAUGCCUUCACACAAACUGAUCUUUGUUCACUAGUAGCUGCUGGAAGAAAAAUUCAUGCCAUUCAUUAGCAGUACGUUUAUUCUCUUUUAUUAUUUAGACCAAAUUUAAAAACGUUUCUACCUUUACUGAUUCUCGUCCCGAAAGUUCCUUGGGAGUUAUUAAAUUGUUAAAAGGAUAAAAAAGGAGGGGAAAUACAAAUUGAAGAGAAAGCUCGAGCGAUGCGGAACAGGUUUCCUUUUAUCUUGUCCUCUAAACAAAGCUGAGAUUGUCAGAGACUCUCAGCACUGUUGGUCACAGACACAAGAAAAAAUACCUUGGUUUGCAUGUAUGAUUUUACUCAUUCACACAGGAAGUGCCAAACUCAGAGAAGAAUAGGUUUAGCUAAAGAAAGUUUACAUGAAACACUAAAUGUUUACAGACCACAAUUUCCAUCGCAGUUUUUUGCAUUGAAUCACGACUUUUGUGCCAAACGCUGCUCCCAGAACAGCAGAGGAAUACGUCUUUUUCCAGUGGGACAUUCUGUUAACAGUUUACAGUUUUCUCAAACAUCUUUGGUUUGCAGAAAGUAUAUAAAUACUGCCAUUUUGUCCAGAGGGGAAAUAUGUCCUUUUGUCAGCCAGUAGACCAAAAUUAUUUAAUCAUCCAAAACCUGGUGCCAUACAGCUAAUUCAUAUGGAUCUGUGCUCAUAAUUGGUUUGGAGAUUCGUUUAAACUGCCCUACGGGCAGAUCCUCUAGGGCCUGGAAUUUCUGAAAGACCUCAAUGUUUACACAAGCUGCUUUCAGGAGGGAUUUGUAAGCAAAGACAUGUUUACAGUCAGAUGGAAUGAAAUGCCAAACUCAUUCAUGAUACAGCUGCUCAACUCCUACCCUUGUACCUGAACAAAACGUCAAGGGACUAGUUCAUCGGACUGAGGUGGAAACUUUUCAUAGAGACAAUUUUUAUAAUUCAAACAUUUUUCAUCUAAAGGACACUGAUAAUUGAUUUUUUUAUUAAUGGCGAAUCAAAAACUUUGUCUAAGACCAAUGGAAACUACAGUUUCAAAAAGGAUCUUUUCCUUUUCCAUCAUCCUCCUGUUGUUCUACUGCCUCCCUGUUUCCACUGUAACCCUCGUUACAGAGCGGCGAGCUGCGGACAAUGACGUCAGGACGCUUGGCAGCAGCAGGAACUCUGUGGCGGUUGGAAAAAUAAGCUCCACUUUGUUUCUCCUGACUGGCUACAAGCCGCCAGUUGGAUCCAUAGUGGCACCAAAAACAGCUGAGAUGGAGGAUGGAGAUGAUCCGCCGGCGAUGGCUGAACUCCCUCAAAAGCCCCUCCCACAGACCAUGUUGCGAAAGAACCAUUCGAAAGCUAUGCUGGAUCCUCCAUUCAGUGGCGCCCAGGUGGCUCCUGCCCCCAAACAACUGGUGAACGUGGAUACUUGCAAGGGUUACUUUGACGUCAUGGGGCACUUCGACAAUCCAUUCAACUGCACCAAGGACAGCUACAUAUACUGCUGUGGGACCUGCCAGUACCGGUUCUGCUGCGAGCAUCAGGGCCAACGGCUGGACCAAAACUCCUGCACCAACUACAAGUCCCCCAUCUGGGCCCAAACGCAGGUCCCUGUCACCUUGCCCCCAGGCAACAAGCCCGAUUUGGACUUUGAGACGCUGCAGCAUCAUAGCAGCAGUACAGCCUAUGUGAUUGGAGGAGUGAUUUCCUUCACGCUGGUGGUGGCUGUUGGUGUCCGGAUUGUCUUCAGCAAGGUGGCGCGUCGACCCCGCAACAGAGACAUUAAUGUGCCAAGAUCCCUGGUAGACAUCUUGCGUCACCAGUCAAGUCCCAUGCAGCACGGUGAACGAAACAACGCCACAAUGUUGACCACAACCACCUCCGACGGACGCACAUCCAAGAGUCUCUACACGCCCAUUUUGCAGAUGAAAGACAACCGCACUGGGACUUUGCACCACCCUUUUAAGCAGCAGGGGUCUGCUUCCAGCCCCAAACACUCUGCUACCAUCGAGCAUGGACCCCGUAUGAACAACACCUCCCAGUUGUCAUCUGGGCCAACCCUGAUUUCAGGUAGCGGUAAAGGCACCAGUGGAGUCAGCGGCAUCAUCGGAGGAAGCAUGAGGCACAACAACAGCCACCCGUCUUUCUCCCACUCCUUCCACAACCUGGCCCAGUUGCCGCCAUCCUACGAGACAGUCAUGAAACCUGAGAUCAACCGCUACAGCUCCCUGAAGAAACUGGAGAAAGAACUUGAUGAGUACUCGGGGUACUACUCUUCCAAACGUCGCUCCAACAAUGCGCCACCUUCCUUCCACUCCUCGCAGCACCACCUGCCCUGGGCGGGCGACUACACGUUGGGAUCGAGGGGCACGUUGCCUCUCCAUGGCUCUCGACCGCAUCUCCACAUCCCUGCUUCUACUCCAAACCCAUACCCUCUGCCCUCCCAGACCCCGUACACCAGCUCCACCUUCGAUAGACCGCCUCGUCGCGUCCGCUCCCAGGACCAGCUGCUGGCGCUCGGGGAGGGUAACACCCUGUCCCGCCUGUCCAAAAACCAGCAGCACCAGUACUACAAAGCCAUGAUGAGUACCAGCAGGAGCUCCACAUCGCAGACGCUCCGCAGGUCCCAUGAGCGACUCUUGGUCUCACCAGACCGUUUGGAUGACCGGCUGAUGAUGAUGGGUAUGCCUGUGGCAGCAGCUGACAGGGGAGCUGGAAGUGGGAUGUUCCCUACCAUGGGCCGCCUCAGCCACCACCAGAAGGCCCAGUCGCAGCAGAACAUCUGCGUCACACCUUCCAUGGACCGCCAUCACAUGAUCAAGAUGAACUCCCACCCAACGUCAGGCCACGAGCACGAGCGCAGCUCCGCAGCCGUGCCCGGGAUGGGGAUUCACAGUGGCUGGGACUCUCACGGGGGCCACAGCGGAGGCGGAGUGGGGACAACGGGAGGUCAUCCCAAUGCCCGGCGGAUGGCGUUCGCCACCAAACGGCAAAACACCAUUGAACAGCUGCACUUCAUCCCUGGAGGAGGAGGAGGGCAGGGCCUGCGAACUGGGAGUAAGAAUGAGGUGACGGUGUGAGUGGAAGACGAAAAGAGCUACAGGACUGGUGAAGGCAAAGGUUGUAAAGAAGCUGAAAACAGGAAAGCAGUUAGUUGGAGAAUAAAGUGAAGAGAUGACAAGGAAAAUUAAAAAAAUGAGGGAGAGUUUUAGUCCCAGCUGGCUGUUCCCCCUUUAAAAAACUACAAAAACAAACAUUGUGAAUGACAUUCAUUUCAUAGUGAGUAAAGCCAAUUGAUUCCCUUCGCGUCACUUUAUGUAUUAAAAAAGAGAAUAUUCAGCCAUUCUUUGUAACGGGAAGAAAAAUUCCCUCGUGAAAAAAGAGCAAAAAAUGCAGCUCAGAAGCUGCUAGGUAUUGGCUGUGACUUUUAUUGAAGGAUUUCUGCUGAGUUGUUGAAUUGUCCUUUAGUUUUAUGACAUUGUCCUUUGAGUCCUUGAGUGCUCUGACAGAAAAUUCAUCUGUCUUUGAAUCCACUGCGGAUGAUGAAGAGCCUCGAGGCAGAGAUCGACAGCUUUGCUUGUUGUAUAAAGAUAUUUAAAACCAAACAAGUAACUUUUGUAUGAAUUUAACUUGAUGAUAUUAACAUAACUGAGCCCUGUAGGAUUUUGUGUGUACCUAGUUGAAAACAUAUUUAUCCUUAGCCCAGGUAGUUUGUAAUUCAAAGGCUGUGUUCGGCCAAUCAUCGCUUUUUGUAGUUGUGAUUCGAUUAUCGAAGUCAAAAACUGCUAAAACACUCCAGCCAAGUGCUGUUAAUUGUCAUUAAUGACUUUAUAGCAUCAUUAACUUAAGGAUAAGUAAACAAAUUAAAGAUUAAUUAAUAAAAGAAGACCUUUUUGAAUUAUAUGCCUAUCAAAAUGGCUCAGUCACACCAGCAUUUCAUAAUAAAAUUAAAAAAAAAAUUAGGCUUAAUUAAAAAUAUUUAGUUAAGCUUCAACGUCCUUCAAGCUGUAGGAAGCUAAUCACAGAUUAUGAGACUUGUACUGUUUAUAUUUGUCAUCGUGGGAACAGCAUGUGCUGCCAUCUAUCUAUACAACAGGGUUACAAAAGUGCCAGUGUUCACUGGUCUGUGAAUCGAGGGGAAUCGGUGUAAAAGCCCCAAAAUGUAAACAGAACACAUUUUUUAAAGACCCAGUGUUUGCAUAUGCAUAUUACUAACUGGGUUUCAUGCCAAAUAUGUCAUUUAAUUUUUUUUUUUUUUUUUUUUGCUAUAUUGGUAAAAUUUUGAAAUGAUUGUUAUGUGCAAUCGCCCUUGGUGUUGCAGGAUAGUUUCAGCUCAGUCAAAUUCACUGAAAUUUUACCGUUUAUGUGUUCGAUAAUGUUGGUUAGCGGUGGCAACCAUUCUGAAUGGGGUUCAUGCUUAAGGAUAAACAACUAUAGAUCUAAAUCCAGUGAAGACUUUCAUUAAAAUCCAUUCAGUGGUUCAUAGAAGAAUAUAAAAUACUUAAUAAUACUACAGGUGGAAGAGUCACUCGUUAAAGCAGCACAUACACUUGGAGAAAAGGAUGAAGAGAAAUAAUAACAAAAGUACAUGUGGGCAGGAAGUUAUUAUUGUAACUUUCAACCAAUAAAAAGGAAACUUGUGUUUCCAAAUUUAUGCAGCAUGACUCCGGCUUUCCACUGCACGUCAAAGUGUCGCGAAACUGCCGCAAAACGUACUACGCGGCAUUUAGCCGCAGUUAUAGUGGAUGAGUUCCUUUCCACCGGCAGCUAAGUGUGACGUUAUGCGCGCUCCCCAACAGCGAGGGCAUGCUGUCAUUACGCUCCAAGUCUUUUUGACGCGCUACGCUUCCCAAACACGUCAACCUCCGCAGUUAAGAUCGAGUCAGACAGGAAGUCAAACACAAAGGCGGUGUAGAACAUCCGAAAACUUUCAAAAUAAAUGUCACGUGCAGUAAGUCGUUUCCUGUGAACUUAUGGAAACGAUGUAAACAGAACAGAAAAUAACCCACAGACAUUUUUUCAUGCAUGCAGCUGUCUUUCUUUUUGUUUAUUAUUGUGUGUGGACGUCUGAAAUCACGUGUGUUGUUUCAGUUCUCCUAUGAUUACGUGAUGUGACGGGAUCAGUGUGUGGAACGCUUUUGCUCCCGUUUCGCGUCAGAAUUGCUCCCGGUUGGGAACGAGCUCACGGGCUGAACGCCUCUAUUACGUUACGCGACCGCUUUCAUGGCCAGUGGAAAGCCAGGGUCAGGGGCACAAACAUACUAAUGUGCACCCAGAAUUGCGCAAGUAUUGAACUCAUUCUGAAUAUUGCAUUGCACUGAUGUUAGUGUGUAACAGAAUAAUGCCAUUACCAGUUAAACUGAGGAGUUAUACACUCUCACUGCAGUGGGAAUGAAUGAUCUACAGUAGAAAUCUGAUUUACAUCUCAGAUGUCUCAGGCUGCCACUGAUGGAGCUUUCCAUGGUUUUCACAGUUUUUACACAAUGUGUAUUGCUUCAAAAACAUGUUGUGGAUGACUCUUAAUUACAAAAACACCUAAUUAUAGCUCAAUAUCUAUAAAACACACCAUGUUAUAGCCAUUUAUUUGUUUGUUUGCUAAUGUUGAUUAACUGCGGCAGCCAUCUUGAAUAAGACUGAUCAACUCUAAAAGCAUUUUUUAAUUGUAAUUUCUAGUUCAGACUUUUUGAGAGUUUCAUCAAAAUCUGUGAUAACAGUCUGUGAUAAUGAACUAAUGUUGGAAUUUUAGUUGUUUCUCUUCCCCUCAAAAAUUUCUAAAUCCAACAAUUUUUGGAAGAUAUUUGACUGCAGUCCUUUGUUUCUGGUGUGACUGAGCCUUUGAAGUAACAUUCAGUAUAUAGUAUAAAUACUUCUAUAUUUUGCUAACUUUAAGCCUUGUACAGUGGAUUCUAGUGAGUAUAUGUCAUCUAUGAAAACAUAAUAAUUGAGAAAGCUUUGAAUUUGACCUCAUUGAGAACUGAUCUGUGAACAAACAUCUCGCUGCAACGUUUUCCAACUUUUCAUCUGGAGUUUGUAGAAUCGAGGGCUUCUUUUUUGCUGGCACUGAACAAAGCCUCCUGUAUGUCGAUGACGCCGCACUCUACCUGCAAGUUCAGCUGCUCACCUGGUAUGAAAGGAAGGGGAAGUGGACGAGGUUGUGCGUGCGUGUGUGUGUUUGGGAGGGGUGGGGGGGGGGGGGCACUUCACACCAAGGGCUAAACCAGUUUAUCUUUCUGUGUCCGUGCUAUGAACAAUGUCCACUUAUCUUCGUCAUUUCUUUUCUCUGUCUGUGGGCAUGCUUGUGCUUAUUUCCACUGAGAAUUGACGCAAAGCAAACAAACCUUUGUGCUACGUGUCAAAGCACUGUUUCGUUGAAUAUUGUUGUGGGGGGAUGAGCUGACAGUGGUGAUGUCAUUACUGUAACUUUCUUUUCAUUUUUCUCUGAUGGUGAGAUGGACCUGCCGGACUUAGCCUUCGUGGGGCUUUAUCGAGUUAUGCUUCGAUUCAGACCGACGUGAUUGGUUAAAGAGGAAAGCUUCCUGCCAGUCAUGUGCAGUGUUUUAAUUCUUCCCUAAUCUUUUAAUUUUGUUUUAAGUCUUUAAAUCUGUGAUUUUUCAUGAAUAUUCUUGGAAUAUUUUCUUAUCUUUUAUUUCCUUUCCGCCUUCCAAAAAGAAAAGCAAAACCUUUUAAUUCUCGAGAAUAAAACGAGCUGAUGCAAUCAUAAAAGACGGACCGCGUGUGGAUGUCAGAAGUCGAUGUUAGUGGUGUCAUGGUGCUGACUCAUGAUGUCACAGCGUGCAAGUUUCUAAACGUACAUGUUCUACAUGUGUGUCUUUUUCAUCAUAGCAAGCUAAUUUCCAUUUUAAGAAAAAGUGAAUUCAGUUUUCUGCACAUACAGAUGACUUUAAACUCAAACUGCUAUUUUUAUUUGUUCAAGUCAGCCUGGAAUAUAAUUUUUAAAAACCUGAGGGACCAUGGACGUAAUUUUUUUUUUUGGGGGGGGGGGGGGGGGGGGGCAUGCACCCCCCCCACUUUUUCCAAAGUCAAGUUUUGACCCCUGCACUUUUCACCAUCCAAAAACAAUAUUACACUAUAUUGAAUUGACACUGGUUGCGCUCUAGGACCAAGUGGAAAACAACGUUUGUGUUGAAGCCCAUUUCCCAUUAGAGCAUACUGUAAAGACACCCCCCCCCCCGUGUCCCCCCCACUUCUAAAGUGAAAAUUACGUCCAUGCGAGGGACACUAAUCGUUCGCAGCUUUUCUCAUCGACAGCUGUACUCACCAAAUCAAAGACUUCUUAAACAUUUAAAAAAGCAAACUAUUACAGGCUUUUAUUGUGUCAAGAUGUUGGUAUUAGAGGAAAAAUGAAACAGCUGUUAUUUUAUUGCAUGUUUCAUGGGCUUGUGUCUCUGUUGUUUUGACAGAUUUAGUUUUAAAGCAGCUUCUUUCUUUGUGCUCAGUUUUGACAGAUUUUAAAAGGGCACAGAAGUGUAAAAAGUAAAUAUAUGGCUGCAUACUUGCAGAUGAAGGGUUACAUGUGUUGUUUUAAGUGACAGCAGGUGUUACUAAAGAGGAGGAAAUCUGUUAGGGCUUGGCUUUGGCUAGUUUAAAGAGCCGAAGCCAAUAAAUAGAGUGUAGAGAAGUACAGUAAAUGACAAAGUUGAGGUGUAUUUUUGAUGUCUCCCUCAUUUCUCUUCACACCUUUAGAGAUCUUUUACUGUUGUUGUGAUCCAUGUUAAUUGCUUCCCCCGAUGAAACCGUGUGCCUGUAUUUAUGUGUGAGUGUGUUAACCACAGGGGGAAGGUAUGGGCAUAUUUGUACUCUCAAAGCUACUCUGCAUACCUCAAACUGUAUGAUAAAGUAUUUAUAACAUUCCCUUAUAUGUCUAUUUCCAAGAAUAUCCCAACAAAGGUCUCACAGAUGUGCAACUCUUUUGUUAUUGGUGAUCAAUUCUUGCAUUUGUAGAAACCAUACUGUUUAAACGAUAAUAAAAAAAAAUGCCGAUUAA